AUGAGCUUUCUCUUUGGAAGUCGCUCGUCCAAGACGUUUAAGCCCAAGAAAAACAUCCCAGAGGGCUCGCACCAGUAUGAGCUGUUGAAACAUGCCGAAGCCACGCUGGGAAGCGGAAACCUGCGCAUGGCCGUCAUGUUGCCCGAGGGUGAAGAUCUCAACGAGUGGGUCGCCGUAAACACUGUGGACUUCUUCAACCAGAUCAACAUGCUGUACGGAACCAUCACAGAUUUCUGCACGGAGGAGAGCUGCCCUGUCAUGUCUGCCGGUCCGAAAUACGAGUAUCACUGGGCCGACGGCACCAACAUCAAGAAGCCCAUCAAGUGCUCCGCGCCUAAGUACAUUGAUUACUUGAUGACGUGGGUCCAAGACCAGCUGGACGACGAGACGCUUUUCCCCUCCAAGAUCGGCGUACCAUUUAAGCGCAACUUCAUGUCCGUGGCCAAGACCAUCCUGAAGCGUCUGUUCCGCGUCUACGCUCACAUCUACCACCAGCACUUUGACUCCGUCAUGCAGCUACAGGAGGAGGCCCACCUCAACACGUCCUUCAAACACUUUAUCUUCUUUGUCCAGGAGUUCAACCUGAUCGACCGUAAAGAAUUGGCGCCACUCCAGGAGCUUAUCGAAAAGCUGACCACUAAGGACAGAUAA